GUAUCAUAGACCUAAUAUCCAUAUUAAUUAAUUAAUUGAAAUAAUUAAUUAAUUGAUAUUAGGUCUAUGGUUUGUAUUUAUCUAUGAUUUUAAGGUUAAGUUCAUCAAAUUUAUAGGUUAUAAUGAAGGUGUAGAUCGAAAAAGAACAAAAUAAAAAUGAAUUUUUUGUCUAGUCUUAUCCAGAGAGCAUCUACAAAUUACACUACAGGAAAAUUGAAGCAGACUUUUUUUCCUGUUUUGUGUCAGUAUGCAAUUCCCGACUUAACAAAUGUUCUCUGUGGAAAAUUAACAUCUCUUUCUAUACACGGACGCACUAUGGCAUCCCUGAACCAGAUGCAUAGGACAGGACCCCAUAUCAAGAAAGACAGAUCUAACAAGCCCCUUGAUGGUAAUCCAUUCAUGAAGGGUGUUGUAUUAAGAACGGUAAUAAAAAAACCAAAAAAACCAAAUUCGGCUAAUAGGAAGUGCGUACUUGUAAGACUGUCAAACGGAAAAGAAAUGGUAGCUUACAUUCCUGGUAUAGGUCAUAAUUUGCAAGAACACAACAUCGUUUUGGUGAGAGUAGGAAGGGUACAAGAUUGUCCUGGUGUUAAACUGAAGUGUGUCAGAGGAAAGUUUGAUUUAGGACAUGUAAUAAUAAAUAGAAAAUAGAUUUAAAUAUUGUAGAUAAAUUUUGAUUAAAGAAGAUAUAUCAUCUUGUAUUCAAUAAAGAAGGAAUUUUA